AUGGGGCUCCCAACGUUGCCAAAGAUCUACAAUGUCUACUUCCUCGCCAUCAUCGCAACCAUGGGAGGCAUGCUCUUCGGAUUCGAUAUCUCCUCGAUGAGCGCCAUUAUCGGAACGGACCAGUAUCUCGACUACUUUGACAAUCCGUCCGGCGUUGCUCAGGGCGCCAUCGGUUCGGCGCUCGCUGCAGGCUCGGUGGUCGGCUCAGUUAUCGCUGGCCCCAUCUCUGACAAAUUUGGCCGUCGAGACUCGCUCAUGUUCGCCUGCUUGUGGUGGCUCCUGGGGACGGCCCUCCAGGUUGCGUGCAAUGGCCGUGGCAUGCUCAUCGCCGGACGCGUGCUUAACGGGGUGACUGUUGGCAUCACGUCCUCGCAAGUUCCCGUCUACCUUGCCGAAAUCUCAAAGCACUCUCAACGUGGGGCCAUUAUUAUCAUACAGCAGUUGGCCAUCGAAUGGGGUAUCCUGAUCAUGUACUUCAUUGGCUACGGUUGUAAAUUCAUCCCUGGAAAGACUGCGUCAUUUAGGACGGCGUGGGGCAUCCAGUUUGUCCCCUGUGUCUUGUUCAUGGUCGGCCUGCCGUUCCUUCCCCGAUCUCCUCGCUGGCUAGCCAAGGUCGACCGUCAGGAUGAAGCCGUCCACGUCCUCGCCAACAUUCAAGCCGGUGGAAAUCUCGAAGACCCAUAUGUUAUUGCCGAGUAUGAGGAGAUCAUGGCCGUCCUCAUCGCGGAGCGGCUGGCACCCGCCGGCUGGAGGAAGUUCGUUGUGAACGGCAUGUGGAAGAGAACUCUUGCCGGCUUUUCCGUCCAGGCGUGGCAGCAACUGUCUGGAGCGAAUGUCAUGACCUAUUAUGUCGUGUACAUCUUCUACAUGGCUAACCUUAAGGGGAACGUCAACCUCAUCUCGUCCGGUGUGCAGUAUGCACUGUUCAUCAUCUUCUCCACCAUCAUGUUCUUCUUCGUCGACAAGAUCGGCCGCAGACCACUGCUCGUGUAUGGCGCCAUCGCCAUGGGUGUCUGCCACUACGUUGUCGGUGGUGUUCUGGGAACAUACUACGAAUAUGUGCCUGGUACGAGCCCGCUUCUCGAUGGUGUCGCCGGCAAUGCAAACGUCGUCAUGAGGGUAACAGGAGCGGCCUCCCACACGGUCAUUGCGUUCUCUUACCUCCUCAUUAUCAUAUACGCGCUAACCCUUGCGCCCAUCUGCUGGGUUUACGCUGCCGAGGUAUGGUCGCUUGAAACCCGAGCCUGGGGUAUGGGUAUCGCGGCGAUUGGUAACUGGCUCUUCAACUUUGCUAUUGGUCUGUUCAUUCCGCCCGCCUUCUUAAGCAUCAAGUGGAAGCUGUUCAUCGUGUUCGGCACUCUGUGUUUUGGUGGUGCCAUCCAGUUCUGGUUGACCUACCCUGAGACGUGUGGCAAGACCAUCGAAGAAAUCGAACUGCUCUUCAGCAAGGAUGGCCCACCUGCCUGGAAGACUCACAAAGGACACUCUCGUCUCGACCAGGAGAUAGAAGCGAUCGUGAGUGGACAGGCCAAGGGAGAAGCCAGGGCUAGCAUUAGCGCCGUCAUCGAGAAGGAGAAGGGAGUAAUGGCAGAGCAUAAGACUGAUGCCGUCUAA